GGCCUUGCAAACCCCUCUCAGUCUUCAUCCAACAUCCAUCGAGGACCCGGCCGUCACCACUAACGACAAUCAAGAUGGUCAACCUGCGAACUCAGAAGCGCCUGGCCUCAGCGGUCAUCGGCUGUGGCGAGCGCAAGAUCUGGCUCGACCCCAACGAGCAGAGCGAGAUCUCCAACGCCAACUCUCGCCAGACCAUCCGAAAGCUCAUCUCCGAUGGCCUUAUCAUCCGAAAGCCCGUCACCCAGCACUCGCGAUCGCGCGCCCGCGAGCUGAACCUCGCCCGACGAGAGGGCCGACACCGUGGUUACGGUAAGCGUAAGGGUACCGCCGAUGCCCGUAUGCCCAGCCAGGUCCUCUGGAUGCGCCGCCUCCGAGUCCUCCGCCGUCUUUUGGUCAAGUACCGUGCCAGCGGAAAGAUCGACAAGCACCUCUACCACGAGCUGUACCACAGCAGCAAGGGUAACGCCUUCAAGCACAAGCGUGCCCUAGUUGAGCACAUUCACCGUGCCAAGGCUGAGAAGGCCCGCGAGACCGCCCUCCAGGAGGAGAUGGAUGCCAAGCGUGCGAAGAACAAGGCUGCCCGUGAGCGCAAGCAGGAGCGUGCGGCGGCGAAGCGAAAUGCCCUCCUUGCCGAGGAAUAAAUGUAAGCCUAGUGGACAACGACAACAUUUCGGUCUUAAGAGGAGGCUGCAUACGGAGUCUACGGGUUGGGUCUUUUUUUAUGCCCUUCUGGUUUCUACACUUGUACCGGCGGGGUUCAGGCAUGUAGCAUUGAAAAUGGAAUCGAUGAUGCUCGGAUGCUUGGAUGUUUUCCCAUUCAUGACCUUGACAUGAGUACUUGCUUUGCUCACCACCGCGUUGAACGACUUCUACAAGUGAUGAAAAUGAUGUAUGCGUAUGCCUUGAUC